AUGGCCACUAUGCAUCGCAUUGGCCUUGGCGUAGAGGACCAACCCCCUCCGCUAAUGAGAUUUGCUCCCAGGCUCAAAGGCGCUGAGAACUGGUCCCAUUGGAACGAGUGCCUCAGCGUUGUACUCGAGUCUGUCGAUCCGAAGCUAUUGCAGCUUCUCACCGGCGAAUACGAAAAACCAGUCCCUACUAUCACUACUCCUGCCACUGCUACUACGCCCGCGGUUCUGGCUCAGCCUGGCCCUGCCGACGUAAAUGCGUGGCACGAUUACUCACGGAAAUUGAUUCCCUACCUCUAUGCUACCACUGUGGCAAAACAUCACGAGGGCCACAUUCACGCUGCUGCUGACGCUUUCAGCGCGUACCAAAGCCUCAAAAAUAAAAUUGGCUCUUCCAAGUCUCAGGCUUCUUUUACCACAAAGUCUUAA